AUGGCUUCUAUUACAAUUGGUGAGUAUUUGCUUAAACGGUUGAAAGAGUUGAAUAUCGAGACAAUAUUUGGUGUUCCUGGCGAUUACAAUUUACCAUUGUUGGAUCUCAUUGAAGAAGACAAGGAUAUUACCUGGGGCAAUAAUACAAAUGAAUUGAAUGCAGCUUAUGCUGCGGAUGGCUAUGCUCGCAUUCGUGGUGCAGGUGCACUUGUUACAACAUUUGGAGUGGGUGAACUCUCGGCUAUCAAUGGUGUUGCUGGUUCUUUUUCAGAAAUGUUGCCUGUUAUCCAUGUUGUUGGCACGCCCAUCACUUCUUCUCAACUUCACAAAACACUUUUGCAUCAUUCACUUGGAAAUGGUGACUUUAAAGUCUUCGCUAAAAUGUCCAGCAUGAUUACUGUUGCUUCUGCUUGUCUUACGCAUGAAAAAGCACUCGAACAAAUCGACUAUGUCAUUCGUACAUCGUUUGUUCGUAAACAACCUGGUUACAUUGCUAUUCCUUUGGAUUUGAUGAAGAAGCAAGUCGAGCUGUCUGAACCAUUUAUGGAUGCUCUUCAACUUGCACCUCCUACAAGUCCUCCAGAAAUUAUGCAAAUUGCGUUGGAGAAAAUUCUUGAGUUAGUGAAAAACGCUACUUAUCCUGCUAUUGUGGUAGACGGUUGUAUCCUUCGACACCACCUUCAGAAAGAAGCCAAUGCAUUUGUAAUCAAGUCUGGUUUUCUUACUUUUGCUGCGCCUAUGGGAAAGGGAGCCAUUGAUGAAUCGUUGCCUAACUUUCGUGGUUGUUACAGUGGUAAUGUCUCUUUAGAAAGUAUCAAAAGAGAGAUUGAACAAGCUGAUUUAUUGAUUGAACUGGGCUCCAUCAAGUCUGACUUUAAUACAGGUAAUUUCUCUUAUGGUCUUGAGAAAGCAAAAACGAUUGCUUUGCAUAGCUUCGGUACCACUGUUUACUAUGCUGAGUAUCCUGGUGUAAGCAUGAUGGAUCUUUUACCUCUCUUGACAAGUCGUUUACCUGAAAAGUCAUGCCAGCUCAGUUUUGGCCCUCGAGGCGUCGUUUUGCCUAUAGAUGAUAGUAUGCAAGAAAUCACGCAUAAUUAUCUUUGGAACAAGGUGUCCGAGUACAUUGAACCCAACAGCAUUGUGCUUGGAGAGACAGGUACGGCUGAAUUUGGCUUGUUCAAUAUGAAAUCCACUCCCAACACUACCUAUAUCAGCCAAGUUCUUUGGGGAUCGAUUGGCUAUACUGUUGGUGCUUGUCUGGGCAGUGCUAUGGCUAACCGCGACCGUCGUGUUUAUCUGUUUGUAGGAGAUGGGUCUUUUCAAGUGACUGGACAAGAAGUUUCUGUCAUGAUGCGACAUGGGUUAGCACCUGUUAUUAUCUUGUUAAAUAAUGAUGGUUAUCUUAUCGAAAAACUUAUCCAUGGCAUGCAUUGUGACUACAAUAACUUUUUCAUGUGGGAAUACACCAAGGCAUUGGACUAUUUUGGCGCUAAUCUUGAAAACAACAAGGCCAAAUUUAAAUAUGCCUCUCCUUUGGGCCUGACAGUUAAAGUUAAAACACGCAAGGCAUUUGAAGAAGCCAUGCAGACAGUCAAAAAACAGCGAGACAAAAUUCAUUUUGUGGAAGUGAUUUUACCUCAAUUUGAUGCUCCUCAUGAAUUAAUUCUUCAAGUUGAAAGCUCUGAAAACCAUUAA